UUAUUUAUAUACGCCGGGUUUCUUAACGAGUGUCAAGGUGCACGAGUAUCCGUCUCUGCUCACUCAAAUUAAUCGCCCCUUUUCUUCCCAAAUUAAUUUUGAGUUUUUCUCUACUUUGACAUUAUCCUUCUCAGGUAUCUUUCUUUCAAGUUCUGAUCUUUUUAUUCAUAUACAUUUUGCAGAUUUAGUAUUGAAAAAGCCCCCAGGAAAUGGUUGUCAGUGACAUUGAUUGAAGGAAAGCAUUAAACCUUUUCUUCCCAAUAGAGGGUUUCUAAUCUUUCUAUCUAUGGUCUUUGCGUCUUGGUCCUCAUCUAUAAUUUUGUAGAAUUUAUAAUGUGUUCUUGUGUAUGUAAUCAUGUUUAUAAGUACGAAGUACCAGAUUUCAUUUGGGUUUUUUUCAACUGUUUUUUGGGAAUUUCUGCAUUUUGUACAAACUUUAUCCUUAUUUGAUGAAUGGUUUAGGUUUAGAAAUUAUUAUUAUGUGUUCUGUUGAUUUGAAUAUGUUCAUAAAUAUCAGAUUAGAUGUGGGUUUUCAAUUUUAUUAUUAUUACUUUUUCUGAUUUUGUUGUUGCAAUGUGUAAUUGUCCUAAUUCUUGGUGGGUCACUUAAACAAUGUGCACUUGCUGUAAAUAUGGACGAAAACUGAAGUUGUUGGGUAGUACUCCGCAGUGGAUAUUGCAAUAGUGUGGCAACCCUCAAUUGAACCAACAUACAUACACUUGCCCGCUGGGUACGAUUUGAAGCUGUAGUGGUUUAAAUUAAUAAAAAAUUUGAACAACAACCUUGAUUUUGGAAAAGGUUUCAUACAUGUUGACCUCCUUAGACUUGCUAAAUUUGAGUUGCAUGGCAUCGAUUGUUGUUGUAGCUUUGAUGGCAAUAUUGUAUUAAAGGAGUGUAGAUUUGUUGUCCAUGGUACGGCGGGGCGCUAUGUCGCGCACUCGCGUAAAAUGGACGAACAUUGAAAUGUUGGUUUUUGUGUGGACUUCUUGAGUAGUAUACACAAGAUGCCCUUAUAGGACCUACAAACAUAGAUAAUAGAGAAUGACUAAAUACUACUUGUAUAUUUUCUUGUCAAGGUUUUUUGUGGAGCUAAUUGAGUGUUUGGCUAAUUACUUGGUGAUGUUUCUGUAAUGACUUUAGUUUCUUUGUCUUUGUAUGAGUUCAAUGAUGCUAAGAGGUGGUUAGCCUCUUGGACAUGAGUUAAAGAGAGAUUGAAGGGAAUGCAGGAGCUUAUUAUGUGUUAUUCCAGCAUAAGGUUCUUGUAUUGGCUAUUUGGCUGUAGUUUGUUUGUCUUUGAAAUUGAGUUCAGUGGGGCAAAGGGGUGAUGCAUAAGGUUCUUGUGUACGAGUUAAGAGAUAUCGAAGGCAAAUGUGGGCGCUUAUUAUGUGUUAUUCCUGCAUAAAAUUCUUGGCGAUUUUAUUGCAGUCAUUGUAGUUUGUUUAUUUUACUUUGAUGAUCUUCGAAUCAGCUAUCAUGAAAUUAUCUUAAUUGAUUAUUGUCCUUUGGGGGUUGGGGGGGGGGGGGGGGGGUAUUAAAAUUCUUGGCGAUUUUAUUGCAGUCAUUGUAGUAAGAUUUAUCGCUUCCUCUAGUGGGUGGUGGAGGUGGUUGUUUUAGGAGUAUACCAGCCUUAGUAGUUUGUAUCUUCAGAUGAUAGAGAUUUUGUGCUCCUCCGCAAAGAGUAAGAUGUGUGUGCUCGAGUGGGCUCCUUCUUAAGUAGAAAGCUCAUACAAUACAAGGCCUAUGUACAUGUUUACUGUGAAUAUUCUUGAUAAUUACUCUUAUUUUAAAAUGUGAACUAUGCACUGAAAUUGUGCCCAGAUGGGACUUACUUGUGUUCGUAUCAGUUAUUUAGAUGAUACUCCACACAUGAUUCUACACGUACACGUUAUUGACUUCCAUAACUGUUAGGUUAUAAUAUAAUUUCUCUACUAUAUAACAGGGGAGGAGAACUAAUCAGUUGCGGUGUGUGGUCAUAGUAAAUUGAUGACUAGUUGAUAUGGUUUUUCCCCACUUUCCCUCUUUAUUUUCUUUUCAUUUUCUUUUUCUCCUUUUUGGCCUCUUCUAAGUGUGGUAGAUAGUUGUUCUUUGUUAGAGUACCCAUUUAUUUGAGCCAUGCCCAUUCAGCAUUCAGAAGGUAGAGCACCAUUAUUUGCUCCUACCUCAGCCUGGAGUAACUGGACAUAGAAAUUUAUCUGGGUCUUUAAGGGGGAUAAUGCGUUAUUUAGAGAGCUCAUAUGGAGCCUUCAUACAUUUAUUUUCCCUGAAAAUACUAUCUACUUACUGUGAUGACAGUUUAUGAAAUGGACAGUCUUUUUGGAGCAGACGAGUUGUGGUUUCUGUUUCAGAAUAGGUUCAUUAAGAGCUCGUGUUUGGCAUAAAUUUACGCCAUAAUUUAUACCUUUGUGCUCCAAAUACUCUCAUGUUUUUCACACUCAAAAUAAGUUGUAACUGAUUGCAGUCUAUAGCGGAUUUGAGAUUUUGUAUAAUAAUAAUUAGUUACUGUUGUCCUAAUUCUUGGCAGGUCACUGAAAUAAUGUGCAUUUGCUGUAAAUAUGGACGAACACCAAUGUUGUUGGGUAGUAAUGGGUAUUGCAGUAGUGCUGCAAUCCUCAAUAAGAACCAACAUACACAUACUUGCUCAUUGGGUAAGAGACUAAGAGUUACAGCUCUUAUGGUUCAUGUGACUGAACAUAUAAACCAACUGUGAUGGCCAAUGUUGCAUGCAUCUUGACCCCGUAGACCUCCUAAGUUUGAAUUGCAUGAAAUGCAUUGUUGUCGUUGUUGCCGUUUUGAUGGCAAGAUUAUAUUAGUGUCUAGUGAUGUGAAGAUCUGUUGUCCAUGGUACAAAUGUCGUUCAAAUUGGAUUUUUUUUUGAAAUGUUUGGUUUUGUGUGGGCUACUUAUGUACUAUACAAGAUGCUUAUAUAGAACCAACGAACAUGGAUGAGGAAAGGCUGACCAGACACUACUUCUAUACUGUUGAGGUUUUUAGCUGUGAUGUGUUAAAAGCAAUAGACUUUUUACUGUUGAUAUUACAGAAAUGAUUUGUGUGACUGCAAUGAAAUAGGUUGUUUGUGUGUAUUAUUUUGAUUGAAUAAUAUGAUACAACGAAGUGUUACACAAGAUUCUUGUAUAAGAGUCAGAGAGACAUUAGAGGAAAUGCGGGAGAGAGUUUUACUCACUGGUAUGACCUUUAUAAGGAGUAGUCCAUAAUAAGCUAGCAUGAGAUGACUUAAUAGAUUAUAAUUGACCUCCAUGGGGGGAGGGUGGGGGGGAUGAUACUGUAGUAACUUUACGUGGUUAUGGGAAUGUUUUUUAACAAAAGGCGGAGACUAACCAUCAGGCAGAGGAAAACUAAUGAAUUUGUGACUGGGGGAUUCACAACAUGUCCUUGAAGUGCUCAAUUUAGAUUAAUGGCGUCCUCACCUAUCAACAAAAUCUUGAUUAAUGAUUUCCUCUAGUUGGUGGUCUAGGGAUGGGGGUUUUUCUAUAGAGUAUCCUAGAUUCCUAACCUUUGUCCACUCAGAUUGUAGUGUUCUUAUGCUCCUACCACAGACAGAGGAAGAGUUAUAUGCAGGUGUUCGAGUGGGCUCCUAUAAGGCAUAUGUACACAAACACUGUAAAAUAUAUAAUUACUGCAUAUUGUGCACAGAUAUUGCUUACUCUGGUUCAUUUCCUUUGUUCGUAUUAAUAUGUUACGCAUUAUUGACUUGCCUGAUUUGUAGGUUUUAACAACAUUCAUCUACUAGAUCACAUGGAGGAUAACUUCUGUGGUUCACAAUGAGAUGAUGGCUGGUUGAUUGAUGUCAUUUCAGUAACGUAUUUGAAUUAGAUAAGUGGUUUUCCCUCCUAACCUGUUAUUCACUUACACAAUGAAAUGUAGGUGUUGAUGGACAUCAUUUCAGUAACGUGUCUGAGUUUUAUAAGUGGUUUUCCCUUCUUAACCUUCUUCUCGUUUUCUUUUUACUCUUUCACCCCCCCCCCCCCCCCCCCCCCCGCCACACACACACACAAUGUCAGUGAUUGUGCAAUGACAUUAUAUGUCAGUGACUUGUUGCAAUUGUCGUAUUUUUUUAACCAAUCACAACUUGUUUCCUAAAGGCUUUUGGUUAAACUUAAAAUAUCAGGAAUCCACUUGCUUGUUUGAGCUAUUUGAUAUGUCUGUCUUCAAAACAAACUGACUCUGUCGUCGUCCAUCUCACAGCUGGGUAUUGAGUACUUGCUUCUGCUAUAACAAUGGACAGUUAAUAACGUGUGGGUGUUGAGAUGGGCCUUUUUUGAGUUUAGGAUGCCCUUGUAUGACCCACAUACAGUCACAAUGUAGAGACCCUCCCUCCCCCAAUACCAAAAAAUGGUCACAAAAUCUUAAAGAGUGUUCCCCUCAUUUGCUAAUUCUUUCGCCAGGAACUUAUCAUUGAUUUGUUGUAGUCUCUUGAGUCUUGAUCAUGAGAUAGCAAGUGGACAGGAUAUGGUUCAGUUCAUAAGAGUCCUCAUCUUCAGUAGCUUAGUUAAAUUAAUACAUGUCUUAACCAAUUUUUAGUGCAGGAGCUGCCAGUUCUAAGGCUGGUGGUUUAAACUCUACUGGAAAAUUGUUUUUCUUGCCGGGAAUAUCAUUUUCUUGUGACAACAUGACCUAUUGCAGUAUGUUUGGGAGCUGUCUUUUCUUGUGUGUUUGUUACUUUUCUUACCUCCAAGUUUGCCAAGCAGUCCGAGCACAUUACUUCAUGUAUGAAGCCUUCGUGACAUUACCUGUAAGAAUUAAGGGAUGGAGAACAUACUUCUUAGCUGUUCAGAUCGAGGAGCCAAAAUGGGUGGACUGUAUGCUGUCAUUCUUAGCCUCAUGGCCUUACAUUGUACAUGAUAUAUCUGAUAACUUUUAUCACCAUCUUUUUUCAGAAAUCAUGAGUGGAUAUUGCUAUACAGUUCAUGUUGAUGGGAUAGUAAAAGCAAGAUUCUUUACUUUUCGUCCUUCGAUUCCAAUAACGGUUCAUAUAGGUGUAUGGCUCUCAGUGUUUCUGACAAAAAUCAUUAUAGGUUCACUUAACCAUUCUCUUCAAUUUUAUCCAGAAUCAAGAUAUCAGGAGGAUUGCCCUUUUUCCUAAAGAUAAGAUGGGUUUUUCAACUCUCAAUGUCACAUGCUGCUCAUUACACCGCGACAUGAUAGGCUGGAAUAAAGCAAUCCAGAGGCAAAUGCAUGAGGGAAAUGUUAACUUGGCAUUCUCAGUAUUUAUUCGUAUGAGAGAAAGUGGUUUUCAUCCUGAUAACUUCACAUUCCCCUUAAUACUUAAGGCGGCAGGUCGCAGUUCCCUGUUUUACCUGGGAUGUGCUCUUCAUGGGCAGGCGAUAAAAAGCGGCUACUACAAUCAUCUGUUUGUGCGGACUGCUCUCUUGAACAUGUAUUCAACUUUCAAGGACAUUCAGCAUGCGUAUAAGGUGUUUGAGAAAAUACCUGUAAAGGAUAUCAUUGCCUGGAACUCGAUGCUGGAUUCAUAUGCCUCCAAUGGCAAAAUGGAGGAAGCAUCAAACCUUUUUGAAUCUAUACCUGAGAAAGACCUUACUUCAUUCAAUAUCAUGAUCUCAGGAUAUGCAAAAGCUGGAGAAUUAGAGUUGGCUCGAAGUAUCUUUAAUGCAGUUCCUGAAAGAGAUGUUGCCUCGUGGAAUUCAAUGAUAUUGGCUUGCAAGCUUGCUGGUUGUAUGGAGGAAGCAAGGAGAUUAUUCGAGGAAGCACCAAGCAAGAACAUAGUUACAUGGAACACUAUGCUAAGUGGAUACAUACAAAAUGAACUUCACACCGAUGCCAUUAGACUCUUUGAUGAAAUGAAGGCUCAAAACUUAAAACCUGACCAAUUAACUGUAGCUGGUGUUCUAGCAGCCUGUGCGCAUUUGAGUUCUCUUGAAGCUGGAAUUACAAUACACAUCUAUGCCUUAGAGAAUCAUCUCAUGUGUUCAGAAGUUACUACUUCGUUGAUUGACAUGUAUGCCAAAUGUGGGACCAUAAAUCGCGCUUUGGAGGUUUUCUGCAAAUCUUGGGUAAAAGACAUCUUCUGUUGGAACGCGAUUAUUUCAGGACUUGCUAUCAACGGGCAUGGCUUAGAAGCAUUGAAACUCUUCAACGCGGUGAAGUAUGACAAAUUCUUGAAGCCUGAUGACAUAACCCUCAUUGCUAUACUUAGUGCAUGUAGCCAUUCAGGGUUGGUGCAAGAGGGUUGCUCCAUAUUUGCCUCAAUGAAUAAAGACUUUGGUAUUUCCCCGAAACUAGAACACUAUGGUUGCAUGGUUGAUCUCUUAGGCCGCGCUAACUUUCUUAACCAAGCAUUAGAACUUGUGGAAUCAAUGCCAUUUGAGCCAGGAGAGAGGAUCUUAGGCGCAUUGCUAAGUGCCUGCGUUAUUCAUCAAGAUAUGGAAGUAGGCAAGAAAGUUGCAACACUGAUUAUAGAAAGAGAUGGAGGACUCAGUGAUGGAGAGAUUAUGAUGAUGUCUAACUUGUAUGCAUCUUUCGGGGAGUGGGAAGAAGCAGCUAUUUGGAGGGAAAAGAUGGAAGAGGAAGGGAUUGUUAAAACUGCUGGGUGUAGUGUCAUUCAGCUCAACGGGAAAACCCACAGGUUUUUGGCCGGGGACUCGACUUAGACUAAUGUUGGGUUGUAAAUGUAAUAACACCUUGCAGACACUAGUUUUAGAUAGGAGUCUUACAGAUUGUACCUUUACUUUACUGAUGCUUCCCAACUUCUACUCAAAUACUCAGUAAGCUACUUCCUCUGUGUAUAAUUCGCUUCAAUUCGCGGUUCGCCCAAAAUGGGACAAAAAUAGGCGAAAAUUCACCAUAAUUCGCUCUUUUCGGAUCGCAAUUCGAAGGGAGAUUAGAGAAUUAUGUAACACUGUCUCUGACACCAUUUUGAUUCUUAGUUCUUGACAUUGUCCACAA